AUGGCCUCCAGCUCCAGAACGAGCGUCUCUGUGGCGGUUGACCCCGUCGCCUUGAUCACAACGGAAUGUAUCACGGUCACGUCUGCCAUGCGAAAGCAUGCUCGCUGGGCACAUUCCUCGGUCUCUGCCAUUCUGGGUGUGGCUUCUCCGUUGAAUCCAAGCGUGCAGAACUCUCAGCCUUCAACACCUCGAGAUGAGCUUGGAAAUAGAAAGGGGCUCAAGAGUAGAACGUCCUUGGGAUUUGCAGAUGUGGGAGAGGAGGGAGGACUGGCAAACAGAUGGGGCUUACGAGGGAAGAAAGGGAAGAGCAUGCAGGACAAUCCCUUAAUGGCUGGGUUUGGCAGACUCCGGCGUGAGCUUACGGGUUGCAAAGACAUACGAAAGUUUGAUACACCCUCGUUAUUACAUCCUUUCCUCCAAGUCAUCCGCGCCUCAGCAACCUCCGCUCCGAUUACCUCCCUCGCCCUCGCCGCCAUCACAAAGUUCUUCUCAUAUAACCUCAUAAGCCCGGAUUCUCCUCGAUUGUCUAUUGCUAUGCAGUCAUUGUCUGCUGCAAUAACACAUUGUCGAUUCGAGGCUAGCGACUCCGCUGCAGAUGAAAUAGUUCUGUUGCGAAUACUGAAACUCAUGGAGGGGAUGCUAUGUGGCCCAGGUGGAGAUCUACUCAGCGAUGAGAGCGUCUGUCAGAUGAUGGAAUGUGGACUAAGCAUGUGCUGUCAAGCGAGACUAUCAGAGCUUCUUCGACGGUCAGCGGAAAUGUCCAUGGUCAAAAUGUGUCAAAUCAUAUUUGAACGUUUGAAACACCUGGAAAUUGAAGCAGGGGAUGAGGAUGAGGCCUUGGAUGAGAAGACAAAGGAGGAUAUGGAUACUGUCAAGAUGGACCCAUCGGCGAAGGGCAAUGAUGCUGUCACAUCAUCUUUGGCCGCGGCUCCAACAGAUUCACGUCCAUCCUCAAGCUUUGACAAAUUGCGGCCCGGGAAUUCAGCAUCGAUAGACAAUGGAUCUGAGGCUGGAGUUGGUCCUGCGUCAGAGGCGUCGGACGAACCUCCAAUAAAGCCAUACUCACUUCCAUCUAUAAGGGAACUUUUCCGGGUUCUCGUUGAUUUGUUAGAUCCUCACGACCGCCAACAUGCUGAUGCUAUGAGAGUAAUGGCAUUGCGCAUUAUCGAUGUAGCCCUCGAGGUUGCGGGCCCCUCCAUUGCAAAACAUCCAAGCUUGGCGACUCUUGCCGAAGAUCGGCUCUGCAGACAUCUGUUCCAACUCGUCCGUUCAGACAAUAUGGCGAUAUUACACGAGUCUCUCAUCGUUACCGGUACUCUGCUUGCCACAUGCCGUGGUGUUUUGAAACUGCAGCAAGAACUGUUCCUUUCUUACUUGGUUGCGUGCCUGCAUCCUCGUGUCGAGAUUCCGCGAGAGCCAGGCAUUGACCCAUCCUUGUAUGCCGGAGUUCCACAAGCCCCAAAACUUGUGAAGCCUCCGCCAUCACAAUCAAGCAGCGGUAGAUCAACACCAGUUCCUGUCAAAGACCGGCAAAAGCUGGGUAUGGAAGGAGGUUCGAGGAAACCAGACGCUAGAGAAGCCAUGGUAGAGAGUGUAGGCGCUCUUGCUCGAAUCCCAAGCUUCAUGGUAGAGCUGUUCGUUAACUACGAUUGCGAGGUUGAUCGCAGCGACUUGUGUGAAGAUAUGGUGGGGCUCUUGUCACGGAACGCCAUUCCAGAUUCGGCCACCUGGAGCACGACGAGUGUUCCGCCUCUAUGUCUGGAUGCCUUGUUGGGCUACGUUCAAUUUAUCGCGGAGAGACUAGAUGAUGAACCCAAAUUUGAAGGGUACCCUGACAAGGAGAAACUACGCGAACAGAGGAGGAGGAAGAGGAUUAUCAUCCAAGGAGCUACGAAGUUCAACGAAAACCCAAAAGCUGGACUUGCUUAUUUAAACUCUCAAGGGAUCAUAGACGACCCUACGGAUGCCAAGUCUGUUGCAGCAUUCUUGAAAGGCACAUCAAGAAUAUCAAAGACAGUAUUUGGGGAGUUCAUAUCGAAGAAAGGCAACGAGGCUGUCCUCGAGGCUUUGAUGGAUACAUACAAUUUUGAUGGUAAACGAGUGGACGAGGCCUUGCGUGAACUUCUGGAAGCAUUCCGACUGCCGGGCGAGUCUGCACUGAUCGAGAGAAUCAUAACCGUAUUCUCUGAACGUUAUUGUGCCUGCUCUGUGCCUGAAGGUCUUAAAAGCAGCGAUGAUGUUUUUGUCUUGACAUACGCCGUCAUCAUGCUCAAUACCGAUCAGCACAAUCCAAAUCUGAAGGGCCAAAAUCGGAUGACCUAUGAGGACUUUGCUAAGAAUCUGCGUGGGGUAAAUGCAGGGGGAGACUUUCCCCCCCAAUAUCUCCAAGAUAUCUACGACUCCAUCAAGUCGAAUGAGAUAAUAUUGCCAGAUGAACAUGAUAACAAGCACGCUUUUGAUUAUGCUUGGCGAGAGCUGCUACUCAAAACCGAAUCUGCUGGGGAUCUUGUAAUCUGCGAUACGAAUAUCUUUGAUGCGGAUAUGUUCGCGGCGACCUGGAAACCCGUCGUCGCCACCCUGUCCUACGUGUUUAUGUCUGCAACUGACGAUGCUGUAUUUUCGAGAGUCAUUACUGGCUUUGAUCAAUGCGCACGAAUUGCAGCAAAAUACAAGUUGACUGAGGCCGUUGAUCAGGUAAUAUAUUGCCUGAGCUAUAUGACCACACUUGCCACCGAAACCACAUCAAAUACAGCUCUCAACACGGAGAUCCAAGUGGGUGAAAACAGUGUCAUGGUCAGCGAGCUGGCAGUCAAAUUUGGUCGCGAUUUCAAAGCUCAAUUAGCUACUGUUGUUCUCUUUCGAGUAGUGACAGGUAGUGAGUCUGUCAUUAAUGAUGGCUGGAAGCACAUUGUGCGCAUUUGGUUGAAUCUUUUUGUCAAUUCUCUGAUACCCCCUUUCUUUGCACCAAACCGCAUAGACAUUCCUCCUAUACCGCUACAAAAUCCCUCGCAGGUUAUCGAUCGUGGUCAAAAACAGACCGAAACAAAUAUUUUUUCAGCUUUCACGAACUAUAUCUCCAGCUACGCUGCAGACGACCCUCCUGAACCGUCUGAUGAGGAGUUGGAGAGCACAUUAUGUACAGUUGAUUGUGUGAACGCCUGCUACAUGGGAGAUGUGUUCGCAAAUAUAGUGAACCUCCCUGUAGAUGCUUUGAAGCCUCUUGUGCAAGCCUUGCUAUCCCAGCUACCUGAUGAUCCUUCGUCUAUCGUCAUAACUCUGAAAACCGAGACAGAAGCUGUGUCUCCUACAAACGGCCACAAAAGUUCAUCGAAUGGGCCAGUAUACGAUCCAUCGAUGGCCUAUAUUUUGGAACUCUGCACAGUGCUUACUCUCCGAGAUGAAGAGACUGUCAAUGCUCUUGGCCGUGAUGUUGCAGAAGCAUUGCAAAACACCUUGCGCAAUGCUGGUAGCUACCACCAUAUUCUGAUAUCGAGGACGAUCUUUUACCUGCUUCAAAUAUUGCAGGCUAGCUAUGAACAAUCCUUCAUUCGUAUUCCGGUUGUACUCCAUACUAUAUCGAGCUUCAAGAAGGAUUUAUUCGAGAGGUCUGCAACUCUCGUUCUUCAGGGUCUGUCACAUUGCAUUAAGGAGCCGGGCCCUCUUAGGAAUGAAAUAAUGACGUCUCCGGACUUCUGGGUGAUCCUACGCAACCUCACGGCAAAUGCACAGGCAGCGCCGACUGUGUUUGAAUUGCUCGAGGGCAUCGUUAUGGGUUCGCCUCCAACAAUAAUGGCAGACAACUAUGAAUCAGCAAUGUCAUUACUCAAUGACUUUGCGUCUACUGGAAGUGUUGGGUCCACAGUCGAACAGAAGCAAGAUAAGCGAACGAGAAGAGGCCAGGUGGUCAAGCAAGAGAAGAAACCAGAGGUCGAUGCUGCUGUUGCAAGGGGCGUCAAAGCUAUUACGAUGAUAUAUUCAUUGACGACCCGGAUACCAGUUCUCAUGAAGCAGUCUCAUCUCGAAAGUAAAGAGGCGUGGGCCGCUUACUGGUCGCCGAUUUUCAGAGCACUCACCACUCAGUGUACAAAUCCUUGUCGCGAGAUCCGCCACCAAGCAUUCUCUUCCCUGCAGCGUACUCUGCUGUCUCCAGAAUUGACAUCAGGUGAACACGAGGAAUGGACUGCAAUAUUUGGAGAAGUCCUCUUCCCGCUUAUCGUAAGACUUCUGAAGCCCGAAGUCUACUCAUCCGACCCUAUUGGUAUGAGCGAGACGAGGGUGCAAGCUGCUACAUUACUCUGCAAAAUUUUCCUGCAUUACUUAGUCCUACUUUCGAAAUGGGAUGGUAUGCUGGAUCUCUGGCUUAAGAUACUCGAUAUCAUGGACAGAUUAAUGAAUAGCGGGCAAGGCGAUAGCUUGGAAGAGGCAGUUCCAGAAAGUUUGAAGAAUAUUCUGCUUGUAAUGUCAAGUAGCGGCUAUCUCGUUCCCCCAAGCGGGGAUCCAUCUCAGGAUAGAUUGUGGGUGGAAACCUGGAAACGAAUUGACAGAUUCCUUCCCGACUUGCGGAAGGAGCUCGAUUUAGACCCGAAGGAAAAACCGGAGGAGAAACCGGAAGAGAAAUUGGCAGAGCAGCCACAGGAGCCACAGGAGUUACAGAAGGAGGAGAGCGCCGUUCCAGUAACGCCGGUUUCGUAA